GUUUGCAAUUUUUCUCGAACCUUUCUGCUUAAAGAUUCUUAAUAAUGACACUAUACAUGGCUUCAAAUUACUCACAAGUGAAGUUAAAAUACUGUGUUAUGCUGACGACAUAGCAGUCUUCUGUGGCGAUAAGGAAAGCGUUAAGGAGACCGUUAAAGAAGCAGAAAUUUUUUGCUCGCACACGGGCAGUAUGAUAAAUUGGAACAAAUGUUUAGGCUUCUGGCAUGGGCCGUGGGAAAACACCUCUGAUUAUUUCGCUAACAUGAAAUGGACUGUGACACCUAUCAAAUAUCUCGGAGUGCCCUUAGAACAUUAUCGCGAUACAACGCAAUACUGGAACGAGGAAACCAAACGUGUUAGGGAACAAACAGAUAAAUGGGGUGGGCGGGAUUUCUCCGUUUUCGCGCGUGCCACAGUUUGCAACGUGUUUUUAGUCGCGAAAGUGUGGUAUGUUCUUCAAGUGCUUUGUAUGUCUCGUACCAACGUGCAGAAGUUGCACAGAGUCUUUGCAGUGUUCGUGUGGCGUUCAACAUGGGAAAGAUGCAGCAGAACUAAUUUAUUUCGAUCAGUCCGUAGCGGCGGACUAAGUUUAUGUCAUUUAUUUCUCAAACAAGUUGUGUCAAGAUUUAUUUUUUUGCGCGACCAAAAUAACGGAUUUCUGCGAACAAUUUUCCAGUUACGAAUGAGUGAUGUAAUUCCUGAAUACGUUGUAUCAAAUGUCACAAAAAAAGGGAGUGUUCGCGGCUUUCUUCGUGAGGUCGUUAUGUCUUUUCGAAUGCUAAAGGUGAGAUUCUCAAUGGAGUACCUAAGUAAUGUACCUAAAAAGCGUUUAUACAAGGAUCUGAUUGAUAUUAUGUUGCCAGUGCCCGUAUAUCGUGCCAUGUAUUGUGUAGGUUCGGAAGGUGACGUGUUGAAACGUGUUAAAAGAAUGACAGUCCGCUCCUCAGUUAAGACGUUCUUCUUUCAGCUCCAUACCAAUACCUUGCCAGUUAAACCAUGGUUGCAAGAGAGAGGACUGUUCGUACCGUGGUCAGUUAAUUGUCUCAUUUGUUCAAAGCCUGAGACAAUAGAACACAUUUUCUUAGACUGCAGGGAUGCAAUAUUCCACUGGGGUGUCUUGCAAAGAACGCUGAAAAAAGAGCUCCCUAUAUCACCCUACGGUAUCCGCUUUCUCCCAGUUGAAAAAGAAAACGACGUGCCCUAUGACAUGAUCAUGACGCUGAGCCUACACAGCAUAUGGAAAACACGAAUGGCCGUACGAAAUGCUGAUGUGGAUGCCAAACCAGCCAGACAAUAUUUUAUUGAAAGUGUUUCUCAAAUAAGAGACGUGUAUAAAUCUCAGGCUGAACCACCAGAAUGGUUACCUGUACUGGAUACACUGGUGACCUUAAAGCGUUUUUAACAUGUGCAUUUCGAGAAGUAUAUGUAAUGACUAUGUAACACUUUGUUUUGUUCUUACCUUAGUAUGGUGAAUGUACUGCAUCUUUGAUUAUCCGGCAAUAAAGAAAAAAAAAUCCUCGUUAGUAUAGUGGCCAGUAUCCCCGCCUGUCACGCGGGAGACCGGGGUUCGAUUCCCCGACGGGGAGCAUUUUUUUUUUCCCCUUGUUUGUAGGCGCACGCGGCGGUGCCGCCCUCGACACUCAGCUGUCUCUAUUUUUUCCCACUUCUGGGCAAGAUUGUGCGAACACUUGUGCAAUUUUUUAUCAAAUCGUGUAUAUACUGCUUUAGCUGGCACCUUGCAUGUCUCCUCGUUAGUAUAGUGGCCAGUAUCGAUUCUGCUUCCGGCCACCGAGCGUGACGGACGCAUGAUGACGGGCUCCGUUGGAGCGGCUUCAGCGGCCUUUUCUGGCCGCGGAAACAGGACGAUGGAACAGGAGGGCACCUACCAAGUUGUUCUGCCAGGUCUGCCAACAGGUCGUUAUGUUUUAAAUACAGUUUUUUUGCACGCUGAUAUUACGGCGCGACCGUACCGGAUUGAAGAUUUCCGUGACGCAUUGG